CACUCCAGGAAGUUUACGUUUAGCUGUCAAUGGCAGGGUGAAUUUGUUCGUUUGCAGGAUAGCUAUAUUGCAAACACAUGUUUGCAAAUUAUUUAAAGCUGAUCAUAAAUAUCAGAUAUUAUAUAACGUGUCUAAGAUGGCAAUCAUACAUAUCUUUUUAAACAGAAACAAUACAAAGUUGACAGAGAGUUGGCUAUCCUAGUUAAGUCUCCAAAUGACCACAGACAGGUUUUAGGUUCAACGCCCGGCUGCUGUGUAUAACUAAAUAACUAACUAUGGGCAACACGGAAAGUGUUGUCGUACAGAAACGGCUGGCCCGUUUCCGUCCUGAAGAACGGCCCUUGAUCGAGGGGGUGUUUGAACGGCUUCAAGGUGAUGGAGGCUCAGGAAAGGUUUUAACACUGGAGAGCUUCAAGUCCUCCAUGGAUACUCUAGCCUCAGACUCCAUGAUAAAGAGGGUAUAUCGGGCUGCAUGUUGUGUUGAGUCUGGAGCUGGAACAGCACCAGUGACAGGCUCGGGGAAGGCCAUCACUGCAGCCACGUCUGGCGUGAGCCGUGAACAACUCGUCGUCCUCCUAGCUGACCUUCUGCGUGGUACCGCAGAAGAACGAGCACCCCUUGUACUGGCCAUGUCGCAGGAGGGGGCAGGGAACUCAGAGGCGGUCACACGCGAACAGGUGUCGCAGUUUCUCCAGGACGUCCUUUCUUCUGUGGUGAAGAUCCUGGUCAGUCGGGAGCGCCUGCGGGGCUGGAAGCUGGACAGGAUGGGGGAUGUGUCUAUGGGGGUCAAGCUGCUGGCUGAGCAGAUGUGCUCAGAGCUGAAGGCCUCAGAGCGGGGUACCUGUGACGUGUGCAGCCUGGAGGACUGGGUGUUCCGCGUGUCCCAGGUAGCGGCCUACCUGGAGCUGCUGGUGAGCGAGGGCCUGGCCGUGGUGCUCCCCAACCGGCCACCACUCACCCUGCUGCCCGCCUGCUUGGAGGCCCCAUGGUCCAAGCUCAAGUGUCUGCUGGACCUGCCCACCCUCAUGUUCCUGGCUCCGCAGUUGCCAGAUAGCUACAGCGCCCCCUGGAGGCUCCUGUUCACCACACAGCUGCAUGGAGAGAGCUUCUCCAGGAUGGUGGCGGGCCUGUCCAAACGGGGCCCCACCCUGCUGCUCAUCAGGGACACCCGGGGCCACGUGUUCGGGGCGUUCGCCUCCCAUGCCUGGGAGGUGAAACCACAGUUCCAGGGUGACUCUAGAUGCUUCCUCUUCUCGGUGUACCCGAGGCUGCGUGUGUACACCGCUACAGGAUACAAUCAGCACUUCAUGUACCUCAACCAGAACCAGCAGACCAUGCCCAAUGGACUGGGAAUGGGCGGGCAGCAUGGCUACUUUGGCUUGUGGCUGGACAGCGACUUUGGCCGUGGUCACAGCCGUGCGCGUCCCAAGUGCACCACCUACGGCAGCCCCCAGCUGUCGGCGGACGAGGAAUUCACCCUGGACUACGCGGAGGUGUGGGCUGUGGGCAAACCACCCGCACCGGAGGAGGGCGAGGAGGGGCGGGGCAAGAGAAGCGUCCUGGACAUGGACCCGGAGGUCCAGGCCAUGAUGGAGAUGGCAGGGAAGACGCUCCACAGCCAGGGCCUCAGAGAACCAGAAGAGGACGAGGACUAGCCCCCACAAGGAGAACCUCCAGAGAACCAGCCGGACCUGGACUGAGACCAUCAGAGAACCAGCCGGACCUGGACUGAGACCAUCAGAGAACCAGCCGGACCUGGAUCAUCCCAAAGGACAAACCUCUCGCAUUCCUCCAGGGGCCAUUUGAAAAGAGGAAACCGGCAGCGUUCAGUUGUUAAAGGGCCCCUCUUUUCCAAAUGCAUCCACUGGUGAUGACCCGAGUGGGAUAGCUUGGAACAAUCUGCCUCACACCUGGUGGUAAUUCUGUGUGUACACUGGCGACACACAGAAUUAAAAGCAUCUGCUCACACAGAAUUAAAAGCACCACCUCUAAGACACGCACGCGCACGCGCACGCGCACGCGCACAAUAGAAAUGUAGAGUGUAAAGAAGGAUCCAGGCAGGGAAUUUAUUCCAGGUGUAUGGAAGAUUUAAAUUGCACUUUUGAAUCAAAAUGUAGCCGUAUUUAGACUUGUAAAUGUAUUUUAUGAGACUACCAAUUAGUGUUUACAUUCAUAGAUACAAAGAUUAAACUCAAUACUAUCAGAACAACACUAGACCAUAACGUCCUCAUGUUUCUCUCUGGAUUCAUAAAAGGCUCCUCCCUUUGUUCGCCCCUCCGAGUUAUGAAAACAUGGCUGCAAUAGAUAUCCACCAUUGCAGAUUAUUUGUGGCAUAAUAGAUGUCUCUUCACAAAGCCAGAGUGUCAUUGUUUAGAUUCUACAGAGGGAUUGUGCGAGUUCAACCUCCGAGCUCUAUUGCAGCAAAGCUGGGAUGUAAGCGUGUAUUUCAUUAGUUCUUGCACCAAGCGGGGUUGCUUCACCAACCCUAAAUGUGGCACUGAACUUGAUCGAAGGCAGAACGUUGAAGGAAGGAUUUUUGUCUCAACUGUGGAAGCUUGGGUAGAGAAUUUAUUUCUAGGGGAUAUUUUUUUUCCUCCCACUAGCUUUUCCAGCUUCAAUUAAAAUCUGAACACGUAACAUAACAAAACACAAAUACACAAUUUUAACUGGUUUUAAAAUGGCCCUGUGUUAUGCAGUGAAGUUUGAUGUUUAUUCUAAUAAAGUUGCAUCCAAAUAGGUCAAAAUUCA